AUGUCUCAUUCGAUGGUUGGGUUUGCAGACCUACAAAUCUCCAAAAAUCUAUCCAAGAACCCAUAUCGUCAACGACCAGACUCAUCUGACUACCCCAGAUCGAGAUCAACUUCUCACGAAGUCGAGUUGUCUUCUGCUUCCAAUAAGCCAACACCAGUCAGGGCAGUCUUCGAUGAUCUGCAUACGGCCCACUCCUCAAUUACAUCAGGAAAUAAAAAAACCUUAAGUGGACGGCGUGCAAUUUCACACAAUCUCUUCGAACCACCCGAAAGAUCCGAUUCAAUUCCACUCCAGAAGAUAGAGAGAAAGCGCGGUACUAAUGUCGAGUCGUUUCUUCAAAAUAUACCGCUUCCUCCACCUCCUGCUGCCUUGUUCGGAGGCCGUUAUGGGUCUGAUAUUGAAAAUUCCACACCGGUUCCUCGCUCAAGACCACAACGUCUUCCAUCAACAGUCAAGGGCGAGUCUGGCUCUUUACUUGGCAACAUAAAAACCGCACUUACAAAUGUAUCUUCACCCAUUACACAGGAUAUAAUAGAUGAAGAAAAUAAUGCUCCGCAUCGGCAACCAGCAAAUCUCGACAUUGCCCAGGGCACUUUUGGGAAGAAAGCGUCAGGUUACAUGGCGCUUGUUAAAGAAAAUGAUGAAAAGGAUCCAUCUACUCCAGAAGCUCGACAAUCAGGCCAUGGUGGAAAUGUCAGAGACAAAUCAAGCAUUCAAUGUCAAGGUCAUGACUUUCCUAUUCAUCAUUCUCCUCUUGGCGAAGCACUAUCGGGCUCGUCAAUUAGUGAUGAAGGAGAGAGUUUGGGUGAUCUGACGCGUACAAAACCUCAACAUCCGACACGGCAUUCUUUGUAUACACCAAAUCAAGGAGAUGUUCAAUCACCAAUACGCAAGGGUUUUUCUGACACAACUCCUCAGAGACACAGCUAUGACUUCCGUCGAGCUACUAGCACUGUUGGCAAUAUCUAUAAGCAAUAUCUUCACUCCAGCGGAGGAGGAGCUGACACCGAUAGUGAAGAAGAGAUGAACGAGAAAAGCCCUCUACGAGGAGAAAUCGCCACUCGAGGUUCAGAUCAACAAAAAUACAUUCGAGAAUUCGACCUAAAUAUGAGACUGGACUCUGAAGAAAUGUUGCCCACCGCUCUUAAUAUACACAAACAGCGCAAAGUUGUUAGGGUAGCCGAAGAGCCCAAUUGUCAGCCACCAACUCGUACUUUGCCCGAAAUACCAAUUCUGGGUGUGCCAACAAUUGCUCCAAAUACAUUUCAAGGAACCGGUCAGCCUUCCUGCAGUGGUACACACAAACUCACUCAAACAACUAAAGGGGUAUCUCGAAAAGUUUUGCAGCAGAGAACUAACGAUAUGGAUUCUGAGGUAGAUGACUCUGAAGCAGACGUCGCCGCGCAACUGCAUGUGCCCUCGUUUCCCUUCGCAACACCAAAAAUCCAAGCAACCCCAAAAGUCAUAAUAUCUCCAGCAGAUGAUCCUUCGGUAUAUGGAGAUGAUCCUCAUUGGACGGACCCGGUUAUCAUGCGACAGCCAUUGGAGAGAGAAGUCAGCAAAGCCCUCCGUCGUGCUAGUGGUUAUAGUGUCUAUAGUAUGGAAAGCGCAUCGACUUCGUUAACUCGCCGGAAUGAGCAUCCUCGACCUCAAAGGUCUGGAUUAAAUUUCUCAAGGAAAAUCAACGUCGAAGAUACUCCCCCAUCUGACUCUGGAAGCCUUAGCACUGAGCAAAGAGAUUUCAUAGCACAGGCGCAAGCCUUUUAUGACCGUGGAGCAAUUGCACAAAAUUGGGUUACUGCUCAUCAUCAGAAUGUUGUUCGUAUCCCGAUUAGUCACAGUGUUAAUCUUCCAGAUUCUCCCCCAGAAUCUCCUAACGAUCGACCUCAUGAAUCGUCCGAAAAACAUGCCACACCUACUGAGGCCGAGGAUUGGGAAACUGUGGCAGACAGUGCUGCGGGACCUUUUGGUCGUUCCAAACCAAACGAACCAAUGAUGAUGGGGGGUCUUGUAAAUAGAGCUGGAAGCAGCAUUGCGGAUAACUCAGAUGAUGGCACAGAUAGUACGGAACCACUACAUAUUGAUGAUUACGGAUCUUCAGACCGUAUUCCGCAUCAUCCAGGUAAUGUUGAAUACUAUGGAGAUUAUCGUCAAAGAGAUCUAAAGAAGACUCAUAUUCCUGUGUUUUUGCCUGUUUUCAGAGAACACAAGGUCAAUGGAUAUCUUGCAGAUUCAAAUAGGACACGGCCACCUCCGAAUUAUUACAACUACAAUCCACAGCCCCUUCUCAAAACUCAUACCAAUCCAUUCAAAUCUUCUCCGCCAAAAAUGAAGCCAACUCGUGGUCAAAACAUCAAUUUGAUUCCGCCAUCCCUACAUACAAGCGAGGAAAGUGCAGACUUUACAAAUUCAAAUCAAGGCCAGCAAGUCCCUUCCGGAAAUCAAGGUCAUGUAAAUGAUCGCUUGAGAUUCGACUGGACAGGUGAAUUGGAGCCAGGAAUCGCUUUGGGCGGUUCUAGUGAUAAUCUACCACCAUUGAACAAAAAGCGAUCCAGUUCGUGGCAAUAUGUGUUGGCCCUUGGUGAGAAGAUUGCUAGUCCAAAGAAAGAACUAUUCGCGACAACGUCAACUACCAGCAGCAAACACAAAGAGAUCAAUAUCGAACUGAAGGCUACCGGUAGUUCAAAGCUUCAAGGUCAAAAGCCUUUCAUCAAAGGUCCUCCAGGCGCCUUCUAUAGGGAUCUACAUUUGAACUCGAAGCAUGAACCAAGGCGUGUUAGUUUGAUCCAGGCAAAUAGGCCUGCUAAAGUUCCUGCUCAGAAUAACAAAACAAAGGAGUACCCAACAAAUACCCUUCGGCCUUUCGCACUGCAGGCAUCUGCUACUAAUACAUCUUCAAACAUCGAAAAUCGCCCGAUUGUUAAGCAACCCUCAACACCUAUUCGUAGCAAUAAGAACCAGGGAGCUGAAAGUGAUACUCCAAAUGACUUCGUUUAUCGAUCACCUCUUGCUCCUCCCAAGCGUCCAAGCUGGCAAGAUUUGUACAGUCUUCGUCAAUUACAGGAAAUUCGAAAUGCUGCAAUUUCCGAUGGUUUCUUUGAAUCCCAACCUGUACUUGGUGAUAACCCUCGUGAUUCGAAAGGAAAUACAUGGAAGCAUCUAUUUGAAAACCCCAAGUUAUCUCCUUGGUCUCAAAACCCUGCUCAUAUCAUUAUUGAAGCUCGUCGCAAGAGAAGCAUCUCAAUCAUAGUAUUGGCUUUGUGUAACUUAUUUCCUCCAAUUUUAUUAUUGUAUGCAACUGGUCGAAUGGAUGGGAUAAUUGUGUGGUGGACAAAUGGGGACUUCUCAUCUUUUGCAUUAAAACAAAAGAGAUAUGCAUGGUUAUUAUUGGCUUGUUGGAUGUGUGUUAUUGCUAUUGGCCUUGUCGCAUUUUUGAUUAUUUUCUUUACAAAAUUGCGUUAG